GUUGCCAUGACAACAGCGGGUUAUUCGGUUUGGAAACCGCUGGCCUGUCGUGGAACUUGGGUGGAAGUAGGGCAGGGCGUCAGUCGGCGAAUGUAGCUGCUGAAAUACCUGGAAGUUUGACGCAAUUUUAUCUGUUCUCGCAGCCAAGCGUUGCACGCGCGUCCAGCGCGUAGCAACGCUGAAUUUCUGAGGCAAAACACCUGCUCUUCCCCGUCGAUAGUCAAGUCAUCGCGUGUCAAUGGAAUCUCAAUAACGCAUACUAGGCAAAACAAAUAGCUGUCGACAUGGUGCGUGUGGCCGUCAUUGGCUGCGGUGGCCUGGGUGUAAAUGUGGCGGGUGAACUGGCAGCUCAGGGGCACGAGGUGCGAAUACACGACGCCCUGCCGGAAGCCCUGGACCGAGUGGCGCCCCGACUGGCCGAGGACCGCAAGGCGCUGAGGGAGUGCGGUCUGCUGCGGCAGCCCGGCUUCCUGGGCAGCGUGUUUUGUCUCAGCCGCCUUGAGGAGGCACUCAGGGAGGCCGAGCUUGUGCUGGAAUGCAUCACCGAGGAUUUGGCAGCCAAGGUGUCCCUCAUGGAGGUGGCAUCUCAGAGUUGUCGGCCCACGGCCAUUCUGGCCAGCAGCAGCAUGCGUCUGCCCACGGACGCCAUCUUCGAACGGGCCUCGGGCAAGGACCGCUGCCUCGGCAUACGCUUCCUCUUCCCCGUGUACGCCAUACCAGAGGUGGAAAUCCAGAUAUGCAAAGGCACGUCCAUGGCAACGCUCGCGUGGGUCCGGGGUUUCCUCGAGCGCAUGGGCAAGACCGCCUUUCUUCGCGCUGGGCCCGAGCCCCUGGUGCUGUCCGAGCGAGAGCGCGAAGCGAGGCGUUCGGCGCUUGCUCUGCUGGGCCGUACAGCCAUGGCUCGACAGCCACCGCCCUUCUCGCCACCCGAUUUGGCCAGUCCAGACACGCUGUGUAGCGCCCUCACGGCCGAAGUUCUGGAGGCCGGAGGUGCGGGUGGUCGUGACAAGGACUGCGUGGUGUGCAUGGACGAGGAGCGCAACUGCGUGCUGCACCCCUGCCACCACCUGUGCACGUGUGCCGCCUGCGGCCGCAUGCUGCUCAAACGACAGGACGCCUGCCCCAUCUGCCGGCGUCACAUCACCUCCAUCUUUCGCGUGUUCCAUUCGUAGGCUGCAAUUGUGCGAGAUCCCUCUUUUCUGCCUGUUAGAACAUCACCAGCAGCUUUUUGCAGAGAAGGAUGCCACUUGCCAUCGUACAAGCCAACCAACCACAAAAAUGCUUCAAGGCAGUGCCUGGACACGCAAGGUAAAUACUAUAGACCGGCUACACAGAGAAGGGGACUGGUGCCUCCCGGCAAUGGACUCUGUGCACGCGAGCGGUCAGGAGAGUAGAUGAGGUGACCGCCGGCCGGCCGGGACGAAAGACAGAUGGCAAUAUGGCUCCUUCUUUCACUUCAAACGAGUCUCACAGUCCUCCCCGUCCUUCGGUGUCCCCGAGGACAACACGAUAGUAGAACUUGUUCAUCUGCUCCAGGAAUAUGAACGUGAGCACCGUGUGCGGCCCCAGCCGAGCAUAGUACGGAGUGAAGCCCUUCCACAGGCUGAAGAAGCCCUCGUUGCGAACCACCUUCGUCAGCACGUCCUGUGGUGGAGGGAAAGACAUCAUCGUCAGCCUGACUACACCCACUGCAGGGCUAAGGCCUCUCCCACGUUUCGCCAAUCAACCCGGUCUUGUGCUUUCUGCUGCCACGUUAUACCUACAAACUUCUUAAUCUCAUCUGCCCACCUAACUUAAUGCCGUCCCCUUGCACGCUUGCCUUCUCUUGGAGUCCAGUCUGUUACUCUUAAUUACCAGUGGUUAUCUUGCCUACGUGCUAUAUGCCCUGCCCCUGCCCAUUUCUUCUUGAUUUUGACUAAGAUGUCCUUAACACCCAUUUGCUCCCUGAUCCACUCUGCUCUUUUCUUGUCCCUUAAGGCUACACCUAUCAUUUUUCUUUCCAUGGCUCGCUGCGUCAUCCUCAAUUUAAGUUGCAAGCAUCAGCACAGCAUGAGAGGAGGCGAGACUGUGCUAAGCGCUGUGAACACGGCGCCGCACUGUAGUGAGUGUCUGUCUACAGCAGGGCAUUUUCUUGCUUAUCUAAAGGAGGCCUCAAUAGUACCUUUUAUUGCAUCAACCAUUUCUUUGUGGACUCCAGAAAAGCCUCGCUGACCAACUUUCAAAAGAUUUUGCAUACGGAGCACUGUGUGGAUCAUUGGUCAGCAGCUGCCCAGUGGUAGUAAAGGUUAUCCUGAGUACUAGUGGUGAUAAGCUAGAAAGGGAAGCAAAAGACUGGAUUCUUUUUUUUUUUAUUAGGUACCACUUCUGAAAAUACUGUAUGGCUGUAGUGAUGGACUUUCUCUACCAUUCCACUAGGCUUGUGCGAAUAUCACUUUCUUAGAUCGAAGCAAAUGGUAAUUAGUAUCUAAUUAUUUCAAGACGAAUAUGAAUAGUAGCAGGAUUUUAGUAGUGGUAGGGUCCAAGUUAUAAGUGGUAAGAUGCGCUACGUUUUAAAAUUUGCCAUACUUAUCCCAUAUAGGCCCGCAUAGCAUGCCUUUAAACUUAAAAAAAAAGUUAAUCGAGGUGCAGUUAAUAUGCACACUUAACCAUGAAGUGUGGCUAUGCAGAAGUGUGGAUUUCCCAUAAAUAGGCUGUUUCACGGCUUAGCUACCCAAGGUUGCAGUGAAACCAUCUCUUUAGGCUGGUAACAUGAGGCAAAAUACGUCUAUCCAUUCGUUUUCAAAUAGUACUUCGAAAUUUCGGAAAUCCUAAUAUUGUGUCGAAACGCUCGAAUAUUCGCACAGGCAUACAUGCCACACAUUCAUGGUGUACUGUGUCAACAGAAAAACGUUGGUGACCGGUGAAUGUUGCUAGCCACCUGUUCCUGCAGAGCAGUGCUGAACAUCGCAGUUCCGUGGCUCUGCUUGCUGGGGUAAUUUGUGCAAAUGUUUUUGUUUUUACAGCAGAGCUGUUAUGGUCGAGGUUUGCCGUGUGUCGUAGAUAGAAAAUUGUCAUCGUCAUGAAUCGGCAAGCGCUCAGUGACUGCCCAAGCAUUUUGUACAGAUAGUUAGUUAACAAGAGAAGCUGAACCGUGCCCACCAGCUGUGCUGUGACCCAGCCUACAGUCACUACACUUAACAUAAUCAUCUUCUCACAUUUUGUUAAUGCUGGCAAAAGUGGACUGCAUUGUAUUUAUGGCUUUAACCUGUCGUAAUCACUGCAAGUGCAUAGCAUAUGGCCGAAAGCACUUGGCUAACCAAACGCAGCCACGCUGCACCUUCUCUGUGCUUGUGAAGGUGUUUUAUCUUAUCGUUGAAGAACAAUUUGUCACUGGUGACUACCAUCACUUACACACUUAUGGUACUCCGUCGUCGUAAGGGUACAAUGGACUAAAGGGCAGGAAAAUGUGCACGACGGGUACGUUGUGACAUGUGGUGGGCAAGUACAUUACACAGAAGCGCUCGUCUUACUAGAUGUGAUGAGCACUGUAUGAUAAUUUACACAAGUGCAACUAGUGAUAACAUCACUACAGAAUCCCAUUGUGACAAAGGGUGAGAGCAAUAUGUACACAAUCUAAGCUGUACUUAAUUAUAUUUCAUUCCCCAGUGUAUUUUUUUAUUUCUUGUUGAGUCACCAAGGGUAUUUGUUUUUUUUUCCCUAUGAGAUUUUUUACCAUACAUUACUAUUCAAUGAAGAGGCAAAACACUUGCACACUUUUCUUUUAAGUUGUUUACACCACCAUUUAUCAUGCACAGCAAUUUUCACAAGCUCAUACUAUAUGUAGAGGGAGAUUUGUGGAAGGGAGUGACAUUUUUUUUUUUUUUUUUUCAAGCUUGAAAUGGCAUUCACCUAGUCACAGGCAAACCACAAUGAGGCUGUGUUGGCCAGAAAUAUUAACUUUUUAUGCUUAGAUGCCGGUGAUUUAACCAAGAAAGUUGUUUGUGCAAAGAUCUUAGUGAAGCUCACUCUAUCUGAAGCUGUGCACAUUUAAAAGGAAAAAAAGGUUUUUUUUACAGUAAUAAAAACUCUGAAGUUGUUUGUGUAGUAGUUAUGGAGGGGCUUUCCUAAGCACGCAAUGAGUUAAAAAGGAUCAAGUUGCCAACAAAGGAGAGUUGAAAUCUAGCCUGUUGGAACAUUUUCUUUUUUUUUUUUUUGGCUGCUGCUAAUGUCUUUCACUAACAUUUUGUGGGAAAACCUCAACUGUUGAAGCAGUGUUGUUCGUUGUUGCAAAGCUUCUUGUCCAUUUCUAGCAGAAAUUGAUUGAAUGACUGAUAGUGGAUGUAGUUUGGUUGCUUGUUAAAGCAUUUGUACAAAGACCGGUGUACCUUCAGGGUUGCGUCACGGAAACAGAACAUGGUUGUGCGACAUUGUUGACAACGCAUUUCCUUGCAUAUAACCCGCACCUGUAUACACAGUAGCCUUGGCCCCCCUUAACUACAAUCUGCGGACAACCUUAAAAAAAAAUUCCUGAGCAUUACCGCAAUGCCAACUAGUGAAUAACUCGCAGCCCAACUUCAGCUUCGAAUGUUUUGUAUUUUCUGUGCGGGUUAUACGUGAGAAAAUGCGAUAUUUCAUGUUGUCUACUUCACUAAGAAUGUAAGGGACGUUUUUAUUCCUUGUUGUCGUUAUGCAUGUUAACAGACUGAGACCAAGCCGAUCAUUGCUGUCCAAAGGCUCCUGUACUGCUGUUUACUUUUAGUGUAUGUUCAUAACAUGCUUCGAGCAGAUUUAAGCAUGCUAGUUUUGAAUGGCAUGGUCUUUCAGUUGUUCGGUGGUCAUGAGCAGUGCUACAUCGCAAUGUCCUCGCCAUUCUUGCCAAAAAAGACUACUGUUGCAGUUGCAAUGUUUGCAGUGCUGCCCUGCACGUCUAAGCAUUACUGUGACCAAAGAUAGUGCUUUUUUGUGGACCACUUUACUUACAGACAUGUUCUUUGGUGUUUUGUGUCCAAUAUCGUACGGGUCUCGACCUCUAUGAUUUUUUUUCUGUCCAGCAGUGCCUGCAAUCUAAAGGAUAGGUGUGAUAUCGAAGGAUGCUGAUUUUGUUUCUUGCCCAUGAGCGAGUAGUGUAUAUACACAAUAUGAUAUUUAUGACAGCCAAUUUUUUGUCUCUGAUUUUGCAGAUGUUUUUUUCUAUGUGAGAGCUCUCAGGGAUAUGUUGAGGUACGUCGCCCAGUAGUGGCUUUCUUAUACACCUGCACUUCAACAUUACAAUGUUGUUUUACCAAAGCCGCUUUGGUCAAAGGUACAAUGCACACAUCCUGAAUCUCAGUUCUUCUGAGUGAAUUCACUCGAC